GAUCUAUUUGGUCUGAUUCGGUCUUGAUGCUCAUUUCUCCAUACGUUAUAUUUUUCAAAUUCCCGUCGCCGAUGCGAGAAUCUUUUUUUGUAAAAACGUGUCAGUUCUCUACGAGGUUAAAAGCAUGCAGCAAUUCACAUCUGCUGCCUAAGAAAACGUAUAUAACGGAAAAGAAAUGGCAUCCAUUUCUACUAAAGUUGAUAAGCAUGUCGGUGGUGAUCAAAGGGAGAAUGAUCUAUUAACGUCCAUAAAGGACAAGCACUACAACUUAAUUGACGAAAGAGGAGAUCAUGAUACAUCGAAGCUAAAUGCACAAAAUGUUACAAAAGAAUUGAUUGCUAAAGAAUCUGGAUGCGGAAUAACACAAUCAGAUUCUCAGUCAGCAACACAGUCUUCGUGUACAUUAUCGAUAGUGAGCAUGGAUGAUAAUCAUGGUGAUAACAACAAGAUGAAAAGUACUGAGUCUUCUGACAGUGAAAUGAUUCUUAUUGAUGAAGAUUCCAAUAUCCAGAAUAAGGGAAGUAAUGUAGGCAACACGAUAAGCGAAGUAAAGGAGUAUGAUCCUACGAUUGAUGAGAGAUUGCCAGAAACUGUCACAUUAUUGACCACACCUGAUGGAGGAAAGUUAUACUUAGUAGGAACGGCACAUUUCAGUGUUGAAAGUCAAAAUGAUGUGUCAAAAAUUAUACAAGCUGUGCAGCCUCACAUAGUUGCAGUUGAAUUGUGCAGAGCCAGAGUUGGUAUACUACAACUUGAUGAGGAAGUUUUGUUUGGCUAUGCUAAGAAUAUUGAUUACAAAACUAUUAUGGAUACCAUUAAGAGGGAAGGACUAUAUGAUGGCUUACUACACAUUUUAUUGCUAAGAAUGGCAGCUCAUGUCGCCAAGGAACUUGGUAUGCCACCCGGAGGAGAAUUCCGAAGGGCAUUUGAGGAGGCAAAGAAAGUGCCAAACUGUAUUAUUCAUUUGGCCGAUCGACCAAUUAACAUAACAAUGCAACGUGCGAUACGAUCAUUAUCCUGGUGGCAGACUAUAAAACUAGGGUGGAAACUGGCAAUAAUGAAAGAUUCUAUUACUCAAGAGGAUGUCGAACUCUGUAAGCAACGAUCGAUGUUGGACGAAAUAAUUGCCAACAUGAAGGAGAAGUUUCCAGUAUUGGGAGAAGUGUUUGUGAAAGAGAGAGAUAUUUACUUGACUAAUUCGCUACAGUUAUCAUGUCUGCCUCAUUGUGUUUUUAAUCAUUCUUACGAACCAGCACGUGUCGUAGGAAUCGUUGGUUUAGGACACACACCCGGCAUCAUUGAAAAUUGGGGUAAAGUCAAGCCUUCUGAUAUACCACCUAUCAUGAGAAUACCACCGCCAUCGUUGUCGGGUAAAAUUUUGAAGCAGACCGUUAAGGCAUCUGUACUUGGUGUUGUAAUUUACAUAGGUUACAGAGUUGUAGCAAUACCCGCUGCUAUCACGUUCCAAUCUCUUAAGUCAUCGGUUCAGGGACUUCUACAGCGGACGUUAUGUACAUAAUAAAUAAUAUACCAGGGCCUGGGAUAGAUACAGCAGACUUUGAAGCAGAAUACGCUGUAGGCUGUUCGUG